UUGGAGGUGAAUCAAACCGUUAACGGUUUCUGCCGACGUAACAUCGCCAAGAAAACAUCUGAGCGAGAUCCUGCCGGAUGCGCGCAGUCGGGGCUUAUCGUUCUCGCGUCGUGAUUUCCGGAAAGCAACGAGAAUUUCUGACUUCGCGUUUAGCGUGCCGAGCGCAGUCGUACGACUUGCGGCGAUUACCGGCAUCGCUCCCGCGCACGAGAUGCCGCGAACCAAGUACACACGCAAGCCCAGGGGCGCGAACGAUUCCCUGGACAGACCUGACAGAAAGCUGAAGACUUUCGAACGACAUGUGCAGAACAGCAUCAUCAAGCUGCAGCAAGAAACUCAGGCGGAUUUACGAUCUUUCGAGACCUUCAUCGACGUGAUGAUCUCCCGCCUGCCGUUGGAGAUACGCCAAAUGUCUUUGAGUGAGAUAUUGAAUCUCGAGAACGACAAUUUGAAGAAUUGCAACGAGGUGACUUCGUCGGAGACGAGCUGCAUGCGGCCGCCCACCAUGGCGAUGUCAACCGUGAGAAAAAUGACCAAAACCAAGACUGCUGUCAAACGCGCCACCGGCGUGUCCGACGACGGCUACGCAACCGAAGGAGGCACCAGCGUCGGCAGCACGACACGUGCCACUAAGAUAACGGCGCCAACGUCAAGGAGAACGCGCAGUUCCACCAGGACAAGUAAGGUAAAGCUCGCAUUAAACGAGAUCAAUCAGAAGACCGUGAGAAAGCCCAGAGCAAGGAGCAAGGAACACUUGAAUGUACCUGUGCUUAAGACGGACAACUUCAAGACCCCAGCUAUGCCGAGAGUUGCUGCACACGCGUACGAUGUCGUCACACCCAAGAUCAAGCCAAACACACCUAUGAACGUACUGAGGCGUCCGCGUCAAGGCGAGAUGGUACUCAGCAUGCAAGGCAGCCCCUUGUUGGUUUCCGCAGUCAUUGAGGAGAAAACUGCCAAUGUCAACGUACCUCUGUCUGAUGGCAAUAUGAUGUCCUUAUUGCCACAGGAAGGACUGCGUGUCUCACAUAUUCCACCACUGGAUGAUGAAACAAUGCAUCAGUUGGAAACACUUAAGAAACACAUUGAAAAAGUUAUCGCACUGAAGUAAUAGUGAAUAUUUGUUAUAAUGUUAUUACAGUGUAGUGUAACUAUAAGCAACCUAAACUAUUUUUGUAUUUUUACACUUACAUCUAUAUAUAUAUUUGUAUUUACUCGUAAUGAGAAUAAUGGAGUGCUUGCCUUGCUCCGACGUAGUCAAUAAUUUCUUUCAUGUAAUUAGUUUCAAGAAGUUGUUGCUUGACA